AUGCGUUCUUCCCUCACAAUCCUCCCAAAAUGGCGAAGCGCUCCGCUAAAUCUCCUCUAUCGAACCAUCCACGGUAACCCGGCGCCGGCGUCUGCACCGCCGUCACACCUCCAAUCCCCUCGACAACAACGCCAGCGACGCACCCUCUUGACCCUCGCAAUCGAAACCUCAUGCGACGACACCUGCGUCGCCCUCCUCUCCAAGGGUCCCGGUCCCCUCGGCCGCGCGACCCUCUAUUUCCACCAAAAAAUAACCUCCGACAGCACAGCCUACGGCGGCGUCUACCCACCCAUCGCGCUGCGCUCCCACGACGCAUCUCUCGCGCCACUAAUCGCUGAAGCCCUCUCGUCUCUACCCUCAGCCGCUGAACAAGCUCGAAGUGACGAUGAAGACAAGUCGGCGAAAGGAGGAGGAGGGGGAAGAGGAGGGAAUGAUCUCAAGCGCGCAGGAUCAGCACCCAACAACAACACGCUCACAAUCGCCGGCACCCCGCGCCAGAAACCCGAUUUCGUGUCGGUGACCCGCGGCCCAGGCAUGUCUGCGAAUCUUGCCUGCGGGAUCUCGACGGCAAAAGGCCUCGCGACGGCCUGGCAGGUUCCCCUGCUGGCCGUGAACCACAUGCAAGCCCACGCCCUCACUCCGCGUCUCGUCUCCGCGCUGGCCCGCCAGGACUCGACGACGUCUCCCCUCUCCUCCACCACCGCGAUAAAACCAGAGUACCCCUUCCUCACUCUCCUAGUUUCCGGCGGUCACACCCAGCUGGUCCACUCCCGCUCUCUCACAUCCCACCGCAUACUCGCCUCCUCGAACAACAUCGCCGUCGGCGACGCCCUCGACAAGGCCGCGCGGCACAUCCUCCCGCCGGAUAUGCUGGCAUCCCACGGGGACGUCAUGUAUGGCGCCCUCCUCGAGCGCUUCGCCUUUCCCGACUCGUUCCCCCUGUCACCUCCUCCAUCAUCAAAAAAUUCCCAAGGCCAGCAUGACUACGACCACGACUAUGACUAUGAAUAUGCCCCACCCCUCCGCCGCGUCGAGGAAAUCGCGCCGUAUACCGCUCCCUCGCCCUACUCCUGGAUCCUCCAUCCACCCCUCUACGACUCUCGUGCCCUAUCCUACGACUUUAACGGUAUAGGCAGUGAGGUCCGCAAGAUCACCACCUCGAAAGGCGACUCCAUGUCUCUCGGAGAACGACGGACCCUCGCCCGCGCCACCAUGCGCCUCCUAUUCGAGCACUUGGCCACCCGUAUCUUCCUCGCCCUCGCCGCCGAGCCGGAGCUGAACGACGAACUGCAAACACUUGUCGUAAGCGGCGGGGUCGCGAGCAACCGCUUCCUCAUGCAUGUGCUGCGGAAGAUGCUUGACGUCCGCGGAUUCAAGCACGUGGAGCUCACGGUGCCUCCACCAGCGCUGUGUACGGACAACGCGGCCAUGAUUGCCUGGACAGGUAUGGAGAUGUACGAAGCCGGCUGGGAAAGCUCGCUUUCCGUACAUCCCGAGCGCAAGUGGUCGAUUGACCCGUCCGGCGAAGAGGGUGGGAUUCUGGGCGUCCCUGGAUGGAGAAGGAGACAACCUUAA